AUGCUGCGCCUGACACGGGGACUCUGCGGCCCGUACGUCUCCGUCGUCGGCUGCAUCUUCCUCCUGGACACGCUGUACGGGUCGAAGUACAGCCCCCACGUCGGGGUCUGCAGCCUGCCCUACGCCUACGUGAAGACGCUCCUGUUCUGCGUCUCGGGGCAGGAGAAGCGGGAGCCGAGCCGGGAGUACGUGCAUGGCCUCAUUGAGCACCUUCUCCCCCUCAACGGGGAGGAGGACGCGCGGAUACGGUUAGAGCUCAUGCAGUUUGUGGACACGGUGCCGCUGCGCACGGCAGCGGCCCACGCCGGGACAACCGCGGGCGCGCGGGGCGGUGGUGGGGCGUCCCAACUGUCGGAAAAUAUGACGGCGUUUCUUUCAGGGCCGGUUAUUCCGGCGGCGUUGGCCCGCGUGCUGCUUUACGACGCCGUGUGCGCCUGCGCCGAUGACGGCGAGUACAGUGAGUCGGAGCGCCUCCGCGUCUCGCACGUGGCGGCAAAGCUGAGCAUCCCGCAACGCGUUAGGGACGCCAUUGAGAAGGUGGUUGUGCAGGAGCGACUGCUAGCUAUGCGAAAGCGACGAUUGCUGCUAGUCAGUGAUACCCCGCCGCCACGCUGA